AAACAGAUUAUUUUAUAUUAUUUUCAUAUUUAUACAUGUUUCUAUGAGUAAACAAGAAUCCAUGAGUAGAUACUCAUACACGGAUCGAUCUCGUACAUGUUGAUAUGAGGGUCAGUGAACUGCUCGGGUCGAGUCGAUGAAAUAUUAUACGUCAACGUCACGCGAGUUACCCAUGUAAAUCGCGUAUAUAGUGAUGAAAUAUUCCUGUGAUUCAGAAUGGCAAGAUUUGUUGCCUGAGGGCCACUGGGAGCCAGCCACGUGUCCCUUCUCACUAAACCCUUUUUCAGGAGAGAAGUUUGUUCUUCUCGAGGUGAUUAUUGAUAUGGGUUCAACAGUUGGUUCAACUUACCCCAUUCGGGACGAGUACGUAAGUACGAAGUCACGUUAGCACCAAAUUCCCACCUGGUCUUUUUCCAACCCGUAAGUUUUUAUUCGUCUUCUGAUUGGCCCAAUUCGUCUUCUGAUUGGUCGUCAUUUCGAUCAUUUUCAUAAAUCGUAGACUAAGUCACCGUACGAUCACCGUUUGUCACUUUAUUUCUGACUACAACGCUGUGCGACGCCUUCCCUUUUUUGGACUACGACUGUUCCGCGUCACGUCCUUAUCGUUGCGCUUGGCGUGCACGCACACGUCGUCCUCACACGCACACCACUGCUGGAGGAAGCACGACGCAAACGCGUCUUCUUAGGAGGCGGUGGUCGACGUCGAAGUUGACCGAUCAUCGAUGAAAAUUCAGCUUCAAAUCUAAACUAUGUGCACUUCUUCAUCGAAGCUGCAUCGAUCAAAUCGUCUAAAACUUCGUCCCGAACCAGCCGACCGCGUCGUCAUUUCUGAGUCAUAAAUCGUGGGUCAUUCGUCCACAGGGAGGCACUUACGCAAUAUUUUAUCAAUUAUAUAAUGGUACACCUUGAAACUGGUGCAUCGAUAAACCGCUCUGGUCGACUCGAUGAAACGAACUACAUCUUGAUUGGGUCUUCCCCAGUACGAUAAGAUCGAAGGCCGGUGAUUGACCCAUCGCGGCCCCGCUCGCCCCGCCCGUUGCAGCAAACCCGGGCAGCCGUGCGGUGGCCUCUAGCGCCUCGCACGCCCCCCUCGCGCGUGCUCGCCGUUCCUUUGGGGCGAUAUUGGCUAUUUCAGCAUGUUUGUCUCCGGCGCAUGCUGCCGGGCG